AUGCGUGCUUGGAUGCUUACUAUCUGCGUUCUGAUGUUCACAGCCGUGUGCUUCACCAUGGCGGAACCUGUGCCAGUGGAUGCGGCAGAAGCGAAGUCGGACGUCAGCAGCAAUGUCCGCCGAAAGAGACAAUUUCUGUAUGGAUACCCCAGCUACAGUACGUAUUCAUAUUACCCCAGCUUUGGCCGUCUCUAUUAUCCCUCCUUGUCUAUAUGGGGUUGA